AUGUAUUUAUCAUAUGUUUUGUAUUAUCAGAAAUUAUGGGAAGAAUUAGAAAAUGAAGACAUACCAUCCCACAUUCGUGAAGCUAGGUUAGAUAACCUUAAAAAACAAGCUAAAGAAUAUGUUCAGAUGAGAGAACAGCAACAUGGCAUUUACACUGAUUUACAGACUGAUAAAGAAUUUUUAGAUCUAACAACUAGUGUUGACAGGUGUAUUGUACAUUUUUAUCACAGUGAUUUUAGAAGAUGUGCUAUCAUGGAUACACACUUGGAAAAAUUGGGCAGAAAAUAUUAUGAAACUAAAUUUGCAAAAAUAAAUGUAGAAAAUGCCAAAUUUUUAGUAGAGAGGUUAAAAGUUCAAGUGCUUCCUGCUAUUUAUUGUUUCAAGAAAGGUAUUGUUGUAGAUAGAAUUGUUGGUUUUGAAGAGUUAGGUAUAUCGGAUAGUUUUACUACCAAUGUUUUAGAAAAAAGACUGGCAAAAGCAGGUGUCAUCAAAGUACCAGAUGAUGAAUUACCUCAGAAAAAAACUAUUUUUGGUUAUAAAAAGAAAACAGAUGACAGUGAUGAUUCUGGGGAUGAUGAAUGA